AGUGAGUCGAACUGAGGUUGUGGCCGGAGGGAGUCGUCGAUGAUAUAAGGGCCGGUGGGAGGGUACAGGCAUUACAGCAUCGCCAGCAUCAUCAGCACCAGCAUCCCCUCUAGAUCAUCAUGAAGGUCCUAGCCGUGAUCAGCGUGGUGGCGUGUCUCCUUCCCCUCGCCUCAAACGUUGCCCAGGCGGCAGAAUACGGCGGGGUCCUCCAAGGUUUGGAGAGGUUCUUUGGCGGCUGCAGCGUUUUCACAUUCUGUUCCAGGAUCAAUUCAUGGCUGGAUGGUACAGGUCAAGAAAUUCAGAGCGCCGGAAAUACCACAGUGAAUGCCGGCUCUGUCUUCAUCGUGGAUUUCCUCGACGCACUCUGCCUCAACAACAGGAUGGAGAUCGACGCGGAGUUCGGUGAGAUGAAGGAGGCGGCGCAAGACGAGGGGGAUAGGUGGUUCUUCCCGGCAGCCAAUCCCUUCAGAGUCUUGUGUUCAAGGAUUAGUAGCGUGCUGACCAGUAACUUGCCGACCUCUGCGUUGAACUUCACAACCUCAGACACUAUUUCGAGUGUGUUUGCUGCGCUCUGCAAGUAGAGGAGGGUCGAGAUUCAGUCCUUCUCUCCUCGCCUCCACACCACGCACGGCAACCACCAAUCUCUUUCCACUACUCCAACGACUUCUACUUCAUCGACCUCUACUCCACAGCGGUCACCUCUCUAGGGCAGCUUUCUCACGCUAACCCCUUCGCGGCAGCUACUCCUCGGCCACCACGACUCUCCAAGGCACUUCCUAUCACGGCAAUGGAUUUUGAGCGUUCCUCGGCAAUUGCUUAUGUACUCCAUCCUCCUUUGCCUCCUUGUUCCGUCUCUUUCUUCCACUGUAGAUAUUUUAACUUGAAUCUGUCACAUUCCACACCCUUCUACCUACUCUUGUCCUAUUUACACUUUUAUAUUUGCGUCCACAAACUUCAAUUUCAUCAAAGCUUUCCACUCAACUCCACGAUGCCUUAAAUCUGUCCACUCCAACCUCUUCAUCUAGAUAUUUGCCAUCCCAUUUGAACUCUUUUUACUUUUCCAUAUCUCUUCAAUCUAAUCUCUUCCUCCGCUUUUAAAACUUCCACUUAAGCCUCUCCACUUUCCCUCACUAAGUUAUAUAUAUAUCCACUUAACCAAAUCCUUCUGAUCCCAAAACUUCCUCUUUGAUCCUUUUUCAGUGUGGACUCCUUGCCUUCACAUCCCUUUAUUUCGAUCUGAUCCCUUCUACUUCAUCAUUGCCCUUCAAAAACCUUCAACUUUACACUUUUCCACUUUCCUCUUUCAUGCCUCAAUGAAUCAUGAGUUAAGGACCUUGUAUUUAAUUUAUAGUCAAUAUUCCUUUUAGUUAAUAUGAAGUUUUGGUGUGUUCAUAAAAUAUUCUUCUUGUGGUUAUAGUAUUAAUAUUUGGUCUUGUUCUUUUAUGCCCCCAAAUUAGAGACAUAUCCAACAA